AUUUUAAGGAUCUAUACUGACUUAUAAAUUUAGGUUGUUCUUAGAUAUAAUUUAAAGUAUAUACUGUCAUUUUAGUAUGUAUUAUAGAAAAACUUAUGUUUAAAUAUAAUAUAUAACAAAUUACUAAAUAUAAGUAAAGAUAUACUACUGAAAUACUAUCAAAAUUUGCCAGAUGCCAAAUGAAACUCAUGAGGUAUUACUCAGUGAAGAGUAUGGGCCAAAGAAAACUAAUAUUAUUUACAAACGACAAGAUCAGAGACAGCUGAUAUUGGAGUCUGAAAGAUAUAAACAAUCAAUUGGUCUUUAUACUAAAACUAUCAAUUUACUUAAAGAUAUAUUUUUGCCAAGAGGAUUUCCAAAUAGUGUUAGCACGGAUUAUAUAGAAUAUCAAAUCUGGGACACAUUACAGGCAUUUUGCAGUUCAAUAGCAAAUAUCUUAUCUACAAUGGCUAUCAUGAAAGGUGUUGGUGUAGGAGAUUCUCAAGCUACAGCUCUUGCUGCUUCUAUUAUGUUUAUACUUAAAGAUGGUACUGGUAUGAUAGGUCGUAUUACAUUUGCUUGGUGGAAAGGGUCAGAAUUAGAUACUUGUUGUAAGAAGUGGAGGCUUAGAGCUGAUGUCCUUAAUGACCUUGCUAUAUUUUCUGAACUACUUCUUAACUUUUCUUAUAUUAGACAAUUUUCUUUAGCUGUAUUAACAUUUACAAGUUCUGCUAAAUCAAUUGUAGGAGUUGCUGGAGGUGCAACUCGUGCUGCUUUAACUCAACAUCAGGCUAUUCGUGGAAAUAUGGCUGAUGUUUCAGCAAAAGAUGGUAGCCAAGAAACUUGCAUCAACUUAAUGGCAUUCCUUAUUGGAUUAGUUAUGCUGCCAAUUGUUGAAAAUCAUAAUUUAUUGAUUUGGAUAAUAUAUUUUAUAGUAACUGCCUUACAUCUGUUUGCUAAUUACAAAGCAGUGAAAAGUUUAAAUAUUAAUGUAUUUAACAUAGCACGUUUUGAUUUAGCUUUAAAAUAUUAUCUGUCUAAUGACUUACAAAACCACAAUGUUUAUAGUCCAGAAUUUAUUAAUAAAAGAGAAGCCUGUUUUUUUAAUGAUGUAAAAUUAUCUUCUGUUGAAAUACAAUUGGGAACAUCUGUUCAUCAAUUACUAAAUUCAAAUACAAUUAAUACAUGGGAUUUAAUUAACUAUAUGGAACUGUGUAAAGAUUAUCUUUACAUAAUCAUUAUUAAUCCUCAUAAUAAUAAUAUUCAUAUUGUAUUGGAUAAAAAUAUUAACACAGAAAACAUUUUGAAAGCCUAUUUCCAUGCUAGUAUAUUGGCUCAAUUAAUUUGUCCAGCCAACCCAUACACAUUUAUCAAACUUAAUUUACUUCGUUCUAUGAAACAUAAUAUAAGUAAAACUGUUCAAUUUGGUCAGGCACAUUUUGAGUAUGCAAAAUUGGCUUGUGAAUUUGUAAAUAAAAACUUUGAUAAAUUCUUACUUCAUGCCAAAAUGGCCGAGUGGAAUUGUAAUAAUCACCAACUUGUAGUUGAAGAAUGGAGAGCUUCAUGGUAAUCAAGUUUCAAGAAUUGCUUAAUUUAAGUCAAAAUUUCAACUUUAGAUGAUCCAGUUUGUGAUAAAUGUUUAACAACAUCAACCCAAUCGUAACCACGAGGUUUUUCUCCUUUGGCAUCCAAGCGAUCCCAUUGUUUUCUUUUUUGAGA